AUGGAUGGCGAUCAAGUUCCAUGCCAAUUCAAGAAUUUACAGCUAAAACCAAAUGCAGCUUGUAGAAUUUACGAGAAUAUACGAGCAAAAUUAGUAUCGGCCAAAACGAAUAAAAACGUUCCAUUAGAAAAAUCUGAUAUCGAACAAACGAGCAGUUAUGAUCGUAAACUAGCAUAUUUUAUACGAUUUCAUCUGCGUGAUAUAUUGACAAGUGAUUAUCGUCAAGUUUGGUUUAAUAUUCAGACGAAAGCACUUGAGGAUAUUGAAGAUCGUACUCAAAUUAUAAAGCAAACAUCUGAUGAUAUUGUCGUAGUUUAUAGCUUGGGAGCCAUGCUCUCAUACGAUGUUUUUACUGGACAUAUAAAUGAGCGAACUCUCGCUAAUAUUUACGUUCAAAAAUUUCCUAAAGCAAUUAAAUUAGAAACGGCAACAUAUCAUUUGACAGUUCAUUUCAAAAACAUUGAUUCACAAAUUUUAAUCAAUCAUUCAACGAGUGAUAACUCAAUUCAAGUUAUUUUUAUGCUGAAAGCGCCACCAACCUUUGUAAGAAAGGGAGAAACAAAAAAGUGCGAUCAUGUUCAAUUCAUGAAUAAUCUACCACUAUGUAGUGAUUUACUUGUACGAUUUUUUCCGGCCCAUACAGCAUGGAAUUUUUUACGUAAUUUACCCAUUGCUGGAUAUUCUCGCAGAGCAUCUGAUGAUAUAUUUCAUAUAAAUUUUUCUUUAUUUCGUUGGCAAAAAGAUUCGAGUAGUCUUAAUUCAAUGUCUAUGCCAACAUGUGCAUCUAAUUCAGAUUCGUAUGGCAUUGAAAUGCUUUGGUCAUUGGGCUAUUUAUUUCAAGAUAAAUACAAUGAAGAUUCUCAAUCAAUAUUUGGUAAUCGACAAAAAGAUUCAUACAAUUUAUGUUGUAAACUCUGGCGUAACUUAAAACAGAAUCAUUGCUAUGGAAUUAAGGAUGCAUUUAAUGAUACAGCUUCAAUAACGGGUCAAACAACUUCGAAUAUAUCAUCAAAUCUAACCGAAGUGAUAUUUGCUAUAAUAACACCAAACCGUAUUGAAUAUCAACCUAAACAAAUGACACGAUGCUAUCGAGCAUUUGACUUGUAUCCUGCAGAGAAUUGGUUACUUGUUCACAUACGUGAUUACAACGGAAUAGAUAAAGUUAAUCAUUUAGAUUUACAAACGAGAGUACGUUUUAGAAAUUUGAUGAUAAAAGGUAUUCCUCGUGGUAAACGUUAUUUUAAAUAUUUUGGAUCAUCGGGCAGUCAAAUGAAUGAUCAGGCUGGUUGGUUUUUAUCACUUCCUCCCAAUGAAACCAUAGAAUCAGCACGACAAAGAAUCGGUGAUUUGUCGAAAAUAUUCAACGUAUCGACUUAUAUUUCACGAGUUGGUCUUUACCUAACAACAUUGAAAUCGCAAGGGAUCAAUUUAACUUAUAUACCUGAGUCAAACGACAACAAUGAAAUGUCGUAUUCAACAAGAGCAUCUAAUAUAUUUUCACGUUUGACAGCGAGAGUCAGACGGCUGUUUUAUAAAACUGAAAAUGUGACAAUACGGUACACGGCUACCAUCAUUAGAGAUAUUGAAAAUGACGGAUUUUGUUUCACUGAUGGAUGUGGUAAAAUUUCGCUUGGUCUUGCCAAACAGAUUGCGCAAAGCAUGGGCAUUGGAAUUCACCAAAAAUCUGAUAUACCAUCAGCUUUUCAAGUUCGAAUAGCUGGAUGCAAGGGAAUGCUAUCGAUUGAUCCUGAAUCGAAAUCAAAUGAAUUCUAUAUUAAAGUUCGCAAAAGUAUGGUCAAAUUCGACAGUGAUGAUUGGACGCUGUAUGUAGUUGACCAUUCUCGACCUAUGCCAUUGAGCUUGAAUAAUCAAGUUAUUCGAUUAUUGAGUGAUCUAGGCAAUAGUAAUGGCGUAUUUGAAUCGAUUCAAAUGGAUUGUAUUGAUCGAAAAGAGUUUUGGCAUCCACCAGCACACUGCUAUUUGAAUGCGCUAGAUUCUCUUGAUCAGUCGAAAAUAAACGAAAUGCAAAUCAAAUAUAAAAAUGCGAAAAAUUUUCUUAUUCGGAACAAAAUUCCAUUGCCAUUAAACGAAGCUCGAAAUCUAUUUGGUAUCGCCGAUGAAACUGGAAUAUUAAAACCAGGAGAAUGCUUCAUUCAAUAUCGUAGCCUAAAAGAUUCGUCAACGUUUGACCAAUAUGUAGUAGUAACAGGUACUGUGUUAGCAACUAAAAAUCCAUGUCUCUAUCCUGGAGAUAUCCGUAAACUCAAAGCAGUGGAUGUACCAAAGUUGAAGUCUUGUAUACGUGACUGUAUUGUAUUUUCUAGUCAGGGCCGUCGACCUAGUUUCAAUGAAAUGGCUGGAUCUGAUCUCGAUGGAGAUCAAUAUUGGGUUUAUUGGGGUGAUAGAUUUCGAGUAGACGUAGAGAUUGAACCAUUAUUGUAUCCAUCGACUAAGAAAGCUUUUUCCGAUAGAAUUACCGAUGAUCUCAUCGUAGAUCAUGUACUUAAUACAUUUACGGACACAGCACCCGGUAUUAUCGCUAAUACACAUUCAGUCAUUGGUGACAAGCACUCCGCUGGCACAUUUUCGAAAGAAUGUGUAGAAUGUGCCAAGCUCUUCGCGCGAGCAAUCGAUGCACGCAAAACUGGUGAAAAUAUUAAUAUGACCCGUAUUAAAGAACUUAAAGAGAAGUAUGGGCAAACUUAUCCAGGGUGGAUGAUGAAAUUUGACAAACCGAUUAUGGAUCCACCAAGUACAUCAAUUAAUGAAAUUCUUCACCGGAAAGCUCAAGAAGCAUGGAUAGAUCCAAACACCUAUAACGAUAUUCUGCGAUAUUUUCCACUAGUGCAAAAUCCUGCGGAUUUAGUGGCAAUUGAUCUUGAUGAAUCAGAUAGACCUUUAGAACAACAACGUACUGAAGAUAAUUCAAGCGGUUGUUGCUGUUUAUGCGUUUGCAUAAUCAUCAUCAUCAUAGUUAUCGUCGUGGUAUUCUUACCUUAUAAAAAGAAAAUUUGA